GCUGCUCUGCGCCCUCCUCCUGGGCUUAUAUGUGGCUCCACUUGGACACCCGGGUAUGGAGCACGCUGCUCGACCUCAGCUAUGGAGUUGGAUGAGUUGUGCCUGCUGGAUGCGCUGGUCUACCUGGAGGGUUUCAUGGCCUUCGUGGCCUUCGUGGGGCUCCAGUUGCUGGGCUCUGCCUAUGGCCGCUACUCGUCAGAGUGGUCCGGCCACCGAGUGCCGGCGCGACCUGCCUGGUUCCUACAGGAGCUGCCCUCGUUGGCCUGGCCACUGUAUGAGUGCAUCCGUCCUGCAGCCGUACAACUGGGCAACCUGCCUAACCGUAUCCUGCUGGCUAUGUUUCUGAUCCACUAUGUGCAAAGGACGCUGGUUUUCCCAGUUCUGAUCAGGGGAGGGAAGCCCACCAUGCUGUUCACCUUUGUCAUGGCCUUCCUCUUCUGCACCAUCAACGGCUACUUACAGAGCAGAUAUUUGAGCCAGUUUGCUGUAUAUGCUGAAGACUGGGUGACUCAUCCCUGUUUCCUGACAGGUUUUGCCCUGUGGUUAGUGGGCAUGGUAAUAAAUAUCCACUCAGACCACAUCCUGAGGAACCUGAGAAAACCAGGGGAAAAUGGAUACAAAAUACCCAGGGGAGGCCUGUUUGAAUACGUAUCUGCAGCCAACUAUUUCGGGGAGCUUGUGGAGUGGUGUGGCUUUGCGCUGGCCAGCUGGUCCCUCCCGGGCGUCGUGUUUGCACUGCUCACCCUGUGUGCACUGUUCACCAGAGCAAAGCAGCAUCAUCAGUGGUACCACGAGAAGUUUGAAAAUUACCCCAAAUCAAGAAAGAUACUAAUUCCGUUCCUGCUUUAAUGUGCGCUCAACGCUGUUGUCUCCCAGUGGGCUGAGUGGCUGUCUCCCUAUUGACUUUGCUCUGAGCAUUUACAAAUGAAUUGUUUUCCUUAAUUCUUCUGUAGCUCCAUAGUUCUCUGGAAAGCCUAUAGAGGGGUGGGGGAUGUUGUCCCCUGGUAAAGGACAAAGCCAAUUGUAAACCAAUCCACCAUGUGCAGUUAGGGGCAAUGUUGCCUGCUAGGUCAGAAGCAGGGAGCACUGGGUCAUUACAACCCUCUGGUUUCUGGUAUCAGUACCCCUUACAACCCUGCAAGGAUUCCACCCCGGUCAGCAGCAGUCACCUGCCUCCUUCACAGAUGUGUGUUCUGCCUGCUCAGUCCUUACCACAGAGACCUGGAGGUGUGGCCCAGGGACAGCCUGCCAUCCUUUACUGCAGACCCCUUUGACCCCUAGACACUGGUAAGAGAAGUAUUCCUACAACAUAUCCUGUCCCCGAGAGGUGAGACUGCAGAGUAUAUCCAUUCACUUACUGACCCCAUCUUUGCUCUUCCUUUGGGCUAGGCAGGACUAGGAUUUAUUAAGGUCCGUUUUUUAAAAAAAAAAAAAAAACAAAUCUUUUUCUUAAUAUCAUAAAACAAAA